AAGCUUUUUAGUGAGUUGUGUGCAAAGAGUGAAGAUCUAUAACCAAGCUACUGAAGGAACAGUAGCCUUCAGACUUUGAUUACACAGCUACCCUUUCAUCAUGAAGCUGAAUCUUUUUCUUCUCCUCUAUUUCACUGGUCUCAUCACAGUCGAUGUGUCCCACGUGCGAACAGUCCAUCAUAAAUAUUACCUAAUAAAGACAACUGCAACAUGGUCCAGUGCACAGAGUUACUGCCGGGAGAAGUACACUGACCUGGCGACAGUAGUAACUGAUGAUGACUGGGUAAGAUUGAAGAACGAAGCUGCAAGCAAAGGCCUGGCGUCACCUGCCUGGAUUGGAUUGUACAAUGAUAUCAAUAGCUGGCGCUGGUCUUUAAAUGAGCUCCCACUGAAGAAUGUCACUUUUAUCAAAUGGUACCCUUAUGAUGCCAUUAAUUAUGCUGGGGGAGAAUCAUGUCUUCUAAUGAUUUCAGGUGGAUAUUGGAUAGAUAUAAAUUGUGCUCAGCUGAGACCUUUCAUAUGCUACAAUGCUAAUUUCAGUGGUGCUUCCAGGUUCAUCGGCAUCUCUAGUCCUUAUUUGACCUGGACAGAUGCUCUGGCUUACUGUCGAACACAUCACACAGACUUGGCCAGCUCUCUUAACAGCUCAGAUAACAGCUUACUAUUAAAGGUGAGGGACAUCCAGGGUGAUUCCUGGCUUGGACUCUACAGAGACACAUGGAAGUGGUCAGAUGGGACCAUUGCUUCAAACCUACCUUGGGGUUCCGGAGCACCCAAUAAUUAUGGCGGAGUUGAAAACUGUGCAGUGGGUAUCGGACCUUUCAACGAUGUACCCUGCACCAACAUGUAUUAUUUCUUCUGUCACACCAUUCUACCAGCGACGGAACAGCAGAUAAUGAGACUGCAGGUGAAGUCUGAUGGCAGUGUGUUAGAUCCUGCUGUACAGUCGUCUAUUUUAGAACAAGUGAAGCAGAAACUGGAAGAAUAUGGAAUGCUGGAGAACACCACAGUGACCUGGAGGGUGCAGCCAGAUGGAAACAUCUGCCAGAAGAGAAACAAAGAUGAUCUGUAAUGUAAAGUAGACUGCAAGCUGACAGA